AUGUUGAAUGCAUCGGUAUAUGUGACAUUGGGAGCUUCAAUACACUUGCCAAGCGAGAGUAAAUUUUCAUUUAUGAACCGAUUGAAAGGUUUUGUGACCUGUGCCUGCUUUUGGAAUCUUCAUACCUACUAUAAAACUGAAAUCGACGAUCUCUGGGAAAAGUACGGCAAAGCGAACUCGAAAUUUCCGAGCUCCACAAUCGCACGCCGAACGCACGGUAUUGAACUCGUCCCACACGAUUUUGUACUCGAACAGUCACGUCCUCUUGGCGUGAAUAUCAAAGUCAUCGGUGCACUUCUACCGGAGCAUGCUCGGAGACUUCCGGAGCUUUUGGAUAAGCAUAUGAGUGCAAAUAAAGUCGUUGUAAUAGUUUCAUUUGGUACAAUUUUCUCGGACUAUCCAUCAAGCCUUGCUCAGACUAUCGCUGAUGAAUUGAGCCAGGUUCCCGCUGCUGUUUUAUGGAAAUACUCUGGUGAAAUGCCGAAAAAUAUUGAUGAAAAUAUCAAGAUAAUUCAAUGGUUUCCAAAAAACGAGUUUUCGUUCAACGACUUAUUAGGCCAUUCAUCCACCAAGGUUUUUGUCAACCAUGGUGGGUUGAAUAGCUAUCAGGAAAGUGUGUACCAUGGGGUGCCAAUGGUUGUCAUACCAAUGAUGGCUGACCAACACCGACAGGCAGACUUGAUACAACAUAAAGGGCUUGGUGUGGUUAUCCAAUGGCCGGAUAUAAUCGCCAAUGGCAAAAUAUUGGGAGAUGCUAUCAACCAGGUGUUGAGUAACAAGGUGUAUGUGGAGAAUACCAAAAGACUCUCAGCAAUAAUGAAAGACAGAAAGCGAAGUCCAAGCCAGGAAGGUGCAGAUUGGAUCGAACAUGCUUUACAUCACGAUGGAGCCUCUUAUCUCACCAGCGAAGCUAUUGAUUUAUCACAGUAUAAAUUGCACAUGUUUGAUGUCUUUAUCUUCCUUAUUCUUGUAGUGCUUGUGCCAAAAAGAUGCAGGUUAAAGAGAAGCAGACCUAAUAACCCUGGCAAAUAA